AUGCCGAUCGCUCCAAAUACUUAUGGGGGAGUUUCCCAACCAUCAUGUUUAGCCAAAGUAAAGUUAGGAUUUUUAAUGGGGUUCUGUGUUGGUGUAGCAACUGGUGCUAUAUUCGGGGGAUUCAGUUGUUUAAGAUACGGUCUACGUGGGCGUGAACUAAUUCAAACGGUUGGUAAAGGCAUGUUUCAAGGUGGAGGUACAUUUGGCAUGUUUAUGGCUAUAGGAACUGCCAUCCGUUGUUAG